AUGACCGCGGCACACCUUCCGCCCCUUUCCGCCAGCACGACGCCCGAGUCGACGUCGCCGUUCUACCCAGGCGAACCAUACAGCCCGACCGCGACGCCCGAAUCUUCGCCCUCCUCGCGCUCCCUCUCCCUUUCCGGCUCGACGCCAACUCCCUCACGCCCUCUUUCUCUCGUCAAUGAGAAGAUCUUUGACACGCCCCUCGACGGACCCACCCGUGUCGGCUCUCCCCUCGAAGGACCGACGCGAGUAGGAUCCCCUGCGCCAUCCGUCUACGAGGAGAAGCUGAAGGGCGAGGUCGUCGCCGACCUCGAGAAGCAGGGCUAUCCCGUCAACACUGAGGAGUCGGCGCCGGCGCCUGAAGAAGAGUACCCAGAGGGCGGACUGAGGGCGUGGCUCGCAGUCUUCGGCUCGACGCUCGUCCUCCUCUGCACCUUCGGCCUCUCCAACUCCUUCGGAACUUUCCUCGCUCACUACAAGACAUCCCAGCUCGCCUCCUACCCUCCCUCGACCAUCUCCUGGAUCGGUUCAGCCCAUCUCUUCGUCACGUUCGCCUCCGCCUUCAACGCCGGCGUCCUGUUCGACAAGGGCUACUUCCGGUACCAGCUCGCCGCAGGCUCGGUCGGAUGGCUCAUCGGCAUCUUCAGUCUCUCCCUCGCCAAGACCUUCAUUCAGAUCUUCCUCGCCCAGGCGAUCUGCAUGGGCCUAAGUCUGGGGAUCAUGUUUGGCCCCUGCCUCUCCAUCCUCGGCACCUACUUCCGCCGCAGAAGGGCGUUCGUCGUUGGGAUUGCGGCGUCCGGUACGGCCAUUGGCGCGGUCGUCUUCCCGGUCCUCCUCGGUCGCCUCUUCGAAGAGAAGGGCUUCGCUUUCGCCGUCCGCACUGCCGGCUUCGUCAUGCUCGCCCUCCUAGUCAUCGCCAACAUCGUCAUUCGCCCCCGCGCCAUCUCCAAAACCGUCGUCCGCGCUCCCCUCGCCUCGACUCUGCGCCGGAUCGCCCGCGACCCCGCAGCCUGGCUCGUCUACGGCGGAAUUUUCGGCACAUACAUAAGCUGCUUCAUCCCGCUCUUCUACGUCGUCUCGUACGCACAGAAGUACAGCACGAACGCCGCGGUCGCAACUUAUUCCCUCUCAAUUAUCAACGUACUCGCCUUCUUCUCCCGUAUCGGCUCGGGACUCGUCGCAGACAGGCUUGGGACGUUCAACACCGCCAUUCCGCUCAGCUUCCUCGUCGGCAUCCUCACCUUUGCCAUGAUCGGUGCGACGUCGACACCCGCCCUCGUUGUGUUCCUCGUCCUCUUCGGCAUCGCGCAAGGUGGAUGGAUCUCUGUCUCGGCGAGCGUGUUCAUGACGCUGGCAAACGACGUGAGCGAGAUUGGACUCCGCUCCGGCAUCGGCUUCUUCUUCGUCGCCCUCGCCACGCUCAUCGGUUCGCCUAUCGCCGGCGCACUCCUCACCGCCACGAACGGGAGCUACGUCGCUGCGCUCUGCUUCGGCGGGGGAAUGGCGAUGGUUGGGACGGUGUUGCUCGUCUUUGCGCGCGGCAUUCAGGUUCGGAGGAAGAGCUCGUCGGUCGUCUAG